CGGGCGCGCAGCCCCGAUGCCAGGCGGGUGCCCGGCCGCCGCCUGGGAGCAUCCCACCAGCACUUCUCCGCCAAGGCACCGCCGGCCCUUGGGAUUAAAAUACUCACUGCGCUGGGCAGCCGAGGGACGGCAGAUAGGUACCUGUUAUGCCAUUUCUUUGGUGAAGGCUACUCAGCAGUGGUGACCUCUCCCAAUCGACCACUCCACAAAUUAUUAUCAUUGGACUCCCAGCUGACACCCUGCUGGAAGCUAGAGCUGCAGAGACAACUGGAAUUGUGCCUGCUCUUGUCAAAAGGAGAAAAAAAAAAGAUGAAGUUGGGCAAAGUGGAGUUCUGCCAUUUGUUGCAGAUAAUAGCUCUUUUCCUGUGUCUUUCUGGGAUGAAUCAAGCAGAGCCCUCAAGGUCCAGGUCAAAGCCCUACUUUCAAUCAGGGAGGACAAGAACCAAACGCAGCUGGGUGUGGAAUCAAUUCUUUGUGCUGGAAGAAUACAUGGGCACAGACCCACUCUAUGUAGGAAAGCUUCACUCUGAUGUUGAUAAAGGAGAUGGUUCCAUCAAAUACAUCUUGUCAGGCGAAGGGGCAAGUUCCAUUUUCAUUAUUGAUGAGAACACAGGGGAUAUUCAUGCUACAAAGAGGCUGGAUCGAGAAGAGCAGGCCUACUACACACUCCGAGCACAAGCACUAGAUAGGCUGACUAAUAAACCUGUGGAACCAGAAUCUGAGUUCGUCAUUAAGAUUCAGGACAUCAAUGACAAUGAGCCAAAAUUUCUGGAUGGUCCUUAUACUGCUGGAGUUCCUGAGAUGUCUCCUGUGGGUACCUCUGUGGUUCAAGUAACAGCCACUGAUGCAGAUGAUCCUACUUAUGGCAACAGUGCCCGAGUGGUUUACAGCAUAUUGCAAGGACAACCUUACUUUUCUGUGGAGCCAAAGACAGGUGUAAUCAAAACUGCCCUUCCAAAUAUGGAUAGAGAAGCCAAGGAUCAAUAUCUACUAGUUAUUCAAGCAAAGGACAUGGUUGGGCAAAAUGGUGGAUUAUCAGGAACAACAUCUGUAACUGUCACACUGACUGAUGUAAAUGACAACCCACCCCGCUUUCCACGACGAUCAUAUCAAUAUAAUGUCCCAGAGUCUUUACCUGUGGCUUCUGUGGUGGCCAGAAUAAAAGCUGCAGAUGCAGAUGUGGGACCCAAUGCUGAAAUGGAGUAUAAGAUUGUGGAUGGUGAUGGUUUGGGAGUAUUUAAAAUUUCUGUGGACAAAGACACUCAGGAAGGAAUCAUCACCAUUCAGAAGGAGCUGGAUUUUGAAGCUAAAACAAGCUAUACCCUGAGGAUAGAAGCAGCCAAUAUGCAUGUUGACCCUCGCUUCCUGAGUCUUGGACCCUUCAAUGACAUGACAACAGUGAAGAUAAUUGUAGAAGAUGUUGAUGAGCCGCCUAUGUUUACUUCACGUUUGUACUCCAUGGUGGUGUCUGAAGCAGCAAAGGUUGGCACUAUCAUUGGAACUGUAGCAGCCCAUGAUCCAGAUGCCUCAAAUAGUCCUGUCAGGUACUCAAUAGAUCGAAACACAGACCUUGAGAGGUAUUUCAAUAUUGAUGCCAACAGUGGAGUCAUUACAACUGCCAAGUCUUUGGACAGGGAAACGAAUGCUGUUCAUAAUAUCACAGUCUUGGCUAUGGAGAGUCAGAAUCCAGCACAGAUUGGGAGAGGAUAUGUAGCCAUCACCAUCCUUGACAUCAAUGACAAUGCCCCUGAGUUUGCCAUGGAGUAUGAGACAACUGUCUGUGAAAAUGCUCAACCUGGACAGGUCAUACAGAAAAUCAGUGCAAUUGAUAAAGAUGACCCACCAAAUGGCCAUCAGUUCUAUUUCAGUUUAACAGCAGAGGCAGCAAAUAACCACAAUUUUACACUUCAGGACAACAAAGAUAACACAGCAACAGUAUUAACCAGAAGAAAUGGCUUCCGAAGACAGGAACAAUCUGUUUUUUAUUUGCCAAUAUUCAUUGUGGACAGUGGGUCACCUUCACUAAGUAGCACUAAUACACUCACCAUCAGAGUCUGUGACUGUGAUGCAGAUGGUAUUGCUCAGACAUGCAAUGCAGAGGCAUACAUAUUGCCUGCAGGACUUAGCACUGGAGCCCUGAUAGCAAUAUUGGCUUGUGUAUUAACUCUGCUGGUUCUCGUCUUGCUGAUUGUCACCAUGAGGCGACGGAAAAAAGAGCCCCUCAUUUUUGAUGAAGAGAGAGAUAUCAGAGAGAACAUUGUCAGGUAUGAUGAUGAGGGUGGUGGAGAAGAAGACACUGAGGCUUUUGACAUGGCUGCCUUGAGAAACCUCAACAUCAUCCGAGACACCAAGACCAGGAGGGACGUAACACCUGAGAUUCAGUUCUUGAGCAGACCAACUUUUAAAAGCAUCCCAGAUAAUGUAAUUUUUAGGGAAUUUAUCUGGGAGAGACUAAAAGAAGCUGAUGUGGACCCCUGCGCACCACCCUAUGACUCCCUGCAGACAUACGCCUUUGAGGGAAAUGGCUCAGUGGCAGAGUCACUCAGCUCCUUAGAUUCGAUCAGCUCAAACUCUGACCAGAACUACGAUUACCUCAGUGACUGGGGCCCUCGCUUUAAAAGGCUUGCAGAUAUGUAUGGGACUGGACCAGACUGCUUAUACUCAUAGCCUUGGAACCUUUCUCUGAAAAUGCACUGAAGAAUACUAAAAUAAAAAACUCAACUUUACAGACAGAAGAAAGUUGUAAAUAGUUCUCCAUUUUUAAUAUUUUUUUCUUUUUUUCUUUUUGACUUGGUGGAACAUAUCUUCAUUAAACUUGUCCUAGGGAUUGCACUGACCACAUAGCAUAUGAGCAUUUGAGGCAUUUUUGAUAAAAUGAAAUGCUCAGACAUGUUCAAAUAGAUAGCAUCAUAAGAUACCUUCAGAGGCAACUCACUUUCAAGAGUGUUAUGCACUGUAACCUUAAUGAGUCAAUUACACUCUGUAGAUGCCUUUACAGUAUUGCUAUAUCUAGAACACAAAGUCUUUGAUAUAAGUGUAAGAAGCAAAUUAACAAAUAUAAUUCAGUACCAUAUGACAAUAUAUAGUAUUUGCAAAUGUAGGCCUUUUAGCAAACUUUUUUUUACAAUGCUGCAUGCAGCUUGCUAAACUAAAAAAAAAGUACAGAAAUGAAAACAAACAAAAACCCAGAUCAUUUUUUUGUUUGUCCCUGCUUUUUUCAAAUUUAGUUAAUUGAAAGUCUCUGUAAAUUCCUGGAUAGUUUUAUGAAUAUAUAUAUGAAGAGAUACAUAUUACUAUUUGUUCUAAGAAACUCCAUGUUUGUCAUCAACUUACUGAUGUGGUUUACACACCACAUAAAAUCAGAAAUAUGGAGUGGUAUCCUCAAGGUUGAAAAGUUUUGUGAUGCCCAUGUAGGUAUAGAAAAUAUGUUGCUAUCUAUUUGUUAUUUUUUAUUAUCUCUUCUGAUUUGUACAGGAGAAUUUAUCCUUUUUUAUUAUUAUUUGACAUAAAGCAUUAUAUUUAUUUUGGAGCUCUAAUCUCCACUAAAUUCAGGUCCAUUUUACUGCCUCAUGGUAUUAGACUUGUCAGAACAUGCUGAUUUUUCUCCAGUCUCAGAUAAAUGAAGCGUGGAAAUAGAGAAAUUACAGUAAAGCAAUUGAGCCCACCAUUCAUCUCUCAGAAAUGAGAGCAGCCACAAGGACACACAGUUGUUCUUCUGAGCCACUACAAUGUCUGAGACAUUUAAAUAAAAUAUUUGUACAUUGCAGUUCUGGAAAGAAGACCACAGAGUAGCUGGGCGUGUCUUUAAUGCAAGAUAUAAUUUUCAAGGUCAAAUAUCCUAUAUACUUCAAAGACUUUAAACACCCUGCUUUUCCCCCUCCCGUUAUCUUUUGCUGCUGAUGACAGUAAAAGACUCUUAAAUUUCUUUCUUAUGUUAAGCAAUGUAAUGGUAUUAAUUCCAGAAACUAUCUUUAGAUCUUUCUGCACAUAUGUAUUUUCCCCAAAGGUGUUAACUCAGUAUACAUAAUUUCUACACUGGUUCAGGAGUGCCAAAACAGAAAGAAAACUACUGUUGCUUAAAAUACUGUAUGGUUUUGAAGUAGGAUUUCUUAGAAUAAGAUAACUUUUUUAUUAUUCUAUUUAUACUUUAUCUUUCAUGAUUUAUUAUUAGACAAUAAGGCAUAUAAUCAAGUAAAGUAGUGUUUUUAAGUAUUAUUUCAGAUUAUUUUGUUUGAGAUAAUCUGUAGAUGAGUUUCUAAAUUAGACUAUGCUCCUACGAACUCUUUUGCUUGUACCUAACUUGCAAUGAUUUGACUUGCCAGCAAUUACUGAGAGUCAUUCAGAAUUGUUUGCAGGAUUUUAUCUGUGAAUAGAAGGUACUACAUAGAGAAUGAUCACUCCAAAAGUACGUAUUUCUGAAAGAAAGAUCCUUGUACGGAAAUGUAUGGGUGACAGAAGGCUGGGAGAAUGGAAAUUAUCGUUAAGGCUUUUUUUUGCAGCCCAGCAUUAUCAAUUUACUAUGUGAAAGUGGCCUUCAGCUUCAUCAGAGAAAAGCAAAAUAAUUUUAAUCAUCUGCAACAUGGAUGUUUAAUUUUGAGUUACACUUUGGUAGACAAUCAUUGAUUCAUAAUUCAGUAGAUUUGCUUCUAGUUGUACUAAAUAUAUAUAUAUAUAUGUAUAUAUAUAUAUAUGACAGAUUUUGUAAUGGAACUGAAAGAUAUUGCCUAUGACUUUUAGUCAUACCUGUAAGAUUUUCAAUAAAAAUUAAAAAAAGAAAAAAAGAGAGAAUGAUCCACGUUUAUAGUUCAAUGAGAGUGAAAAAUACUGCAGGAGUUAAUUGGGUAUUAGAUCAGCAAGGUGUCAGGAGAACAGUUUUUGAUUAAUCUACUUUUUGUUUGUGGGAAGACUAAAAUUAAGGUGUCAAAAGAUGCUGAUUGUAGCACAUAACACUUAAAGGAGAUUUAAACAUGGUUUAGAGUAAACACAGUUUUCUUGCUGUUCUACGGUAUAUUUCUGGGAAAAACAAACAAACAAAACCAAAAACAAGCAAACAAACACAGAAACCCCCCUUCCUAUAGCUCAACUGCAUUAGUUUUAUGUAAGUGUGUGUUUUCUGUGGAAAGAAGUAUGUUUCAUUCUAAUGCCAUAAAAAAUCCUGCAUAUAUUUGUUUGCUGUUCUGAUAUAAUCUAGUAAAUUUUUGUUACACUACAUAUGUUUACCUAUUAACAAUUAUUUCAGCAAAAGAGAAAGAGGGAAAUCCCUUACAUUCAGUGACAGAUGUUACCAUAGUAUAUACAUUUGCAUAAUAUAAUGCUCUUUGUAAGUUACCAUUUGUCUAUAUGUUUUCACUGUUAAGGUCCUGAUUCAAAUUCUUUCUUUUAGUGUUAUUUAUGUUGUAUAAUCUGAUGUCAUAAUCUAUAGUUUACUGUCCAAAUAUAAGAAAUAUUUUCUCUAUCCCUGAAAAAUUAUGGAAAUGUUGAUCAGAUUAAUUAGAAAAGCUUUAAAAAAAAAACAAUCCCUAUUUUAUUUAUUUGCUAAACUUUCUGAAGAGCUGUAGUAUCAACCUACAGGCCUCAAGUCCUCCUUAAAGAGUAUGUCAACCUUUGCAGUAACAUCCAUCUUAGAGUAACAUCCUUUCAUCAUAUGACAACUGAAUAGAUUUUUUAAAAUUGAGAUUUCCAAGCCCCUUGAAAAGUCUACUUUAAGAGUGCCACUAAAAAUAGCACUCUUGGUAAAUUCAGAUUGUAAAUUAUACCAUCUGAAUUAUACCAUCUAAAGAUUUAAGGCAAGACUCAGCUUUCACCAGUGUAAAAAUCUACUGCAUUGAGCAAUUCAGCAGUUACAUUAUUGUAAAGAGUGGAUGUCUUUUUUUUUUUUUUUUUUUUAAGACUAAAUUUACAUGUACAUAUUUCUCUUCUGAAUCCAAAAGGUGAAAAAUCAUCAAUAUAUUUAAAAAUUCCACCCACCUACUGUUUAUUUUAAAAUGCCUUAUUAAACUAGAAAAUAUCCCAACAAAUUAACCCUACCCUCAAAUUUAUCCCCAUUAAUUCACAGAAUAUUUGAUUGACAUUGUCACCGAAUGAAUCAUAGAAUAGCUUGGGCUGGAAGUGACCUUAAAGAUAAUCUAGUUCCAGCUCCUCUGCCACAGGCAGGCAUGCGACUAAAUCAGGUUGCC